AUGGCGGAAAUCUUGACCGAACAGAUUGAUGCGAUCAACCAGCAUAAAUCGCCCAACGCCGGCGACAAGGAAAUAAGGAGGAACCUGCCCAAAGGCGUUGUUCUAGAUAAAGAUGGAAAACCCUGCCGCACCUGCACAUCUCUCGCCGACUGGCGCGCCCUUACAAAAGCGAAAUCCUCCUCGACCGUAGCCGGGGCCAGUGCAGCCGCUGCAUCCUCCUCCUCACCCGCAAACUCCAGCUCUCCAAGCACGCUACCCUCCACUAAAUCCUCCACACUCCCCAGCCCUUCCAAUCCCGUCUCUGCCGCCGACACAACCCCAUCCGCCCCUCCCCCAGACUGUCCCGCCGACGUCAAAACUCUCGGCAGAAGCACCUGGACGCUCCUCCACACCAUGGCAGCCACCUAUCCAACCGCCGCAACCCCGCAGGAACAGGACAACAUGCGCUCCUUCAUCUCGCUCUUCUCCAAGCUCUACCCGUGCUGGGUGUGCGCGGACGAUUUCCGGGCGUGGAUGAAUGAUGCGUCGGGGAGGAAUAAGCCCAAAGUCAAGGGGAGGGAAGAGUUUGGGAAUUGGAUGUGCGAGGCGCAUAAUGAGGUCAAUCGGAAGCUCGGGAAGAAGGAGUUUGAUUGUGCAAAGUGGCAAGAGAGGUGGAGGACUGGUUGGAAGGAUGGGAGCUGCGAUUAG